GUAUCACCUGACCAGGACUCUGGAGAGGCAAUGGCGGCGCCCACGUUGCGCUCAUGCUGUUCUGUAAGGCGUUGGGCUUUAACCUUUAUUGACGGCGGUUCUCGCCGCGGAAGACGGGCUCCGACUGGGUCCACGUCCAGCGGGAAAAGGGGACGGAGUUCUGUGGCUCAGCAGCCCCUCAUUACGACCCAGAAGGAGAGGAAAGGUGAACACAAAUGGCUAUCUGUGGUAGGUUUGGAAAUUCAUGCCCAGAUUUCUUCCAACUCUAAACUCUUCUCUGGAUCUCAAGUCCGCUUUGCAGCACCUCCAAAUUCCUUGGUAUCUUUUUUUGAUGCAUCUCUGCCUGGAACUUUGCCGGUUCUCAACAGGAGGUGUGUCGAGGCGGCAGUGAUGACAGGCCUGGCACUGAACUGCCACAUAAACAAGAAGUCCUUGUUUGACAGGAAGCACUACUUCUAUGCAGACCUCCCUGCAGGCUACCAAAUUACCCAGCAGAGGCUCCCAAUCGCAGUAAAUGGGAGCUUGGCAUACAGCAUCUGUGUGGAGAAAAAGCCGAGUCAGUUGAUCACCAAGACAGUGAGGAUCAAGCAGAUCCAGCUGGAGCAAGACAGUGGCAGAAGCCUCCAUGAUGACCUUCGGUCUCAGACACUCAUUGAUUUGAACAGGGCAGGAGUUGGCCUUCUGGAAGUGGUCCUGGAGCCAGACAUGUCGUGUGGAGAAGAGGCAGCAACAGCUGUCAGGGAGCUGCAGCUGAUACUUCAAGCCCUGGGGACCAGCCAGGCAAAUAUGGCAGAGGGCCAGUUGAGAGUGGAUGCCAAUGUAUCUGUGCAUCACCCUGGGGAGCCUUUGGGCGUUCGAACUGAAGUGAAGAAUCUCAACAGUGCCAGGUUCUUGGCCAAAGCAAUAGACUAUGAAAUUCAGAGGCAAAUCAAGGAACUUGAGAAUGGAGGUGAAAUUCUGAAUGAAACCCGCUCAUUUGAUGACAAGCUGGGGUGCACUGUCCCGAUGAGAGACAAAGAAGGAAAACAAGACUACAGGUUUAUGCCUGAACCCAACCUGCCUCCGCUGAUCCUCUACGACACGGCGUCUCUGCCUGCCGGCAUGGACCCGCAGCAAGUGAUCAAUAUUGACUGGAUUCGGGAGCAGCUGCCUGAGCUCCCCAGGGUGACAAGGGAGAAGCUCAGCCAGCAGUAUGGGAUGCUGCCAGAACACAGCUUCACCUUACUGAAUGAAGUUGGCCUACUGGAGUUCUUCCAAAAUGUGAUAAAAGAAACUAGGGCAGAGCCAAAAAAAGUGACUAACUGGGUCCUCAACACUUUCCUGGGCUUUUUAAAGCAGCAGAACCUUACUGUGAGUGAGAGCCCUGUCACGCCAUCGGCACUGGCUGAGCUUCUCAACCUGCUGGACAGGAAAGCAAUUUCUUCAGCCGCAGCUAAACAGGUGUUGCAGGAACUGUGGAGGAGUCAAGGGAAGACCCCAGCACAGAUUGUUUCAGAACGGAAGCUUGAACUGAUGCAGGAUCGAGAGGCCCUGGAACGGCUCUGCCAGGCCACAAUGGAAGGACAUCCUCAAGUGGUAAUGGAUGUGAAGAAGGGAAACCCCAAAGCUAUAAAUAAGCUGAUUGGGUUGGUCCGAAAAGCGACUCUCAGCCGAGCUGACCCAACCGAGGUAAAGGAGAUACUGGAGAAGCAGCUGUCACCAUGAGACGCUUCCCGCCCGGCCUCAGGGAGACCAACACGCGGGGACAGACCCGCAGCCUGGGGCCCCGACGCCCUGUGCCAUUUGCUGCCUUGGUGUCAAAAUGGUCCCCAUAAUCCCAAACUAAAUGACCCACUUCUAAAUACUAUUACCAUUCUAAAAGAAGUCCUUUAACAAAUAUUUCUGGGCAUGGCCUAUGGGCCAGGCAGGCAUUGUUCUAAGUGCUGGGAUUUGCAGCAAUCAAGAGAGUGAUGUGGAAGCCGCAGUUAAGCCUAAAAAUAGAUUGAGAUGAAAACGCAGCAAAAUAGAUGACGCGGCCCAAACAGCACUUGUUCAGGCCCCAUGAGUGGGGAAGGACAUCAGUCUUCUGUAUUAGAUUCACUCACCCCCUGAGUAAAAAGUGAUGCUGCCUGUUCAGUUCUGGGGAUCCCAGAAGGCACGGCCUGAGAACAGUUUUUUUUUACCUGGUAAAAAAGAUGACAGACAUUUUCAAAUAAAUUUAAUGAAUAAAAUAUAUACUGAAAUAUCACAUACAAAAUUAACUUACACUUCAAAGAUUGUGCAGUUGACAACUUCCCCCACCCCCAAUCCUCAGAUCAUAAAAAGGUUUUUAAAAAACUAUAAUAUUAAGUUGAUUUGUUUUGCCUGGAAAGAAUGAUUAUAAAUUAGUACAUCAACUUGACCUUUAACAGUAACUGUGGUGUAGUUAACAGUAGUGGCACACAGGCUGGGCUGCCUUCACACCAUUCUCCUGACAGUAACACUAGUUCCUUCACCCGGAAGCGCCCCUUUGUUCACUGUAUGCUCCUGUUACCUCUGACUCAGUAUGCUCAAAGACCCGUUUUGCAAAUGCUGAUUUUUAAAAGUACAUGUCCAACUGUGACAUAAGUAAAAGAACAAAAUCCUUGGAGGCCCUGAUUAUACCAAGUUCAUGAGCCUACUUAGACGUGUACAAGCACUUCCACCAUGAAUGGAGCCCCAGAACACCAGACUGGCCCCCACCAGUACAGCAGUGAGUGGGUCCUGGGUCACAGUGCCUCCCUCCCGAGGUCCCUAUGAGCAGCGACAGAGAUGUGCCUCUGACUCAGCCAAAACAAGCAGAAAGGAAACCACUUGGGUGGUUUAUUUCAGACAAGCAUGAAGAGAGGAUGUUUCUAAAAAGUACUUUUUAAAAGAGUGACUUAGAGUUUAAGUGAAUAUGUUACGUCACCCAGAUAGCCAUGUGCCCCCAAUGCAUUCUGUUGCCGGACUGAAAACUACUGGGCCCAAGAGUAAAAUCUUUUCUCCUUCAACAGAAAAAGAGUCCGUUCUCUCUCCUUGCUCCAAAGGUCUCUGAAUUACAAAUGGACAAAGGCAGUUUGAGAUUAGAUCUGGCAGGAUCAUUAUUUUCUAAGAAAUAAUAUGGUUCAGUUUUGUCUUACAAACUCCAUUUUCACCAAAAGUCUGACUUCUUGGUCAUCAAACUUUAUAGAAAGCACUGGAGGAUCUUUCCAGACCUUUUCAAUCAAGAGCUUACUUACAUGGUGAUGGGAGGUCGGGGAAGCCUGAUGACAGUUCACCAAGACUUGUCAAGUGCAAACUAUUACAGGCUGAUGGUUUCCAGAGGAAAAUACCCUUGUUAAAACACUGGGUCUUUACAAUGCCAACCGUCACCCAGCUCUGAGAAUUGCCCAUGUCUUGAAUGCCCACUUCUGAAACAUUGAAGAUCAGACUGUUAUCACUGUUAUAAAAGCUAAUAAAAAGCACAGCUAUCUUACUUGGGACCUGACUAGAUAUUCAAAAGGUAUGUUUACAUAUAUAUAUAUAAGAGCCUAACAAAUUCACAAAGUAUGGCUUUGCUCGUCAGUGGGCUUCAAGUACAGUUUUAUAUUUUUGCAUGCAUGUGAAUAUGACCUGGUCUUUGUUUGCUAUUCAGGGGGAAAUCUCAUUAAAAUGUAUGAGUUGGUGCUAUAGGUGAAGCCAUUGCCAUCUGUUGUCCCACACACACCUGUAGGCUGGGAAUGGAAUGUGCGGGAAAACUGGCCCUUCCCCAGGCUGGCCUGAAUGAGCUCUACCCGGUCAGACCCAAACCAUGUGCUUAGUGGCUUCAGGAAGUUGGCUGGCUGGUUCAUUCUGGUGAAGGGUGGGUAUGUCAGCCUCAGCACUCUGCACAGAGUAAGUUAUUUAGUAAAAGUUCAUUACAUUUAUAAAACAAAAGUAAUGGGCAGCCUUCUGUGAGCCCCUUUGUAAGAGGUGUUGGUGCUGCCAACUACUAAGCUUUAAAUUCUGGGUAUCUGGGUCUAGGAGGGAGCUUCUUGGCUCUGUCCAGUUUUAUGCACCAAGGUGAAUCUGUAUUCCUAUCUUUCAAGCUCUGGAUGGCCCAGGAAAACAAACCCUGAUCAUUAUUGACAGCAGGUUAAGGGUGUUUUAGCUGAGCUCCCACCUCUUUCUUGUAAUUACUGCUAAUCUGGAAAGCGGCUAUUAAAUUUUUGAAUUGGUUGGGUAAUUCAAUACAUAGCUUAUGGCCGUGACCCACACAAUUUGUAUUUUUCAUUUCUCUUGAACUAGCUGCAUCAUUUCAAGGAUUCCACAUAAUGACUAUCUGAAAACAAGUCAAAAUGAAACACCAGGUCUACCUGAAAGGCCAUGUUUUUAUACCCAUUACCAAAAGCGUAUGGAAGUGGCUGCCAUGCUUCUUCAGCAUAUUUUAGACAAAUGUUCCGUGGAUUAUCUGCGACUGGAGCUGACCCUAGGGUGUGGGAUGGAAGGCAUCUGAUGGAAAUUCCCUCUUCCAGGGCAAAAAAAA